UGUAGGGCCUAUUAUUCUAGGUCCUGGGAACUAAAUGGCAACACAGCUCUGCACUCGACUGUGAGUUUGAAUGAGCACAGAUCCACAGAUUUCUAUCCGUACAGAAACCCAUUAUGCAUACCCACUUAUCCAUUUGCAGGGUCACUAGCCUAUCCUAGUUUACAUUAUAGGAGGCAGUAAAGCACUUUGCUGACGUCAGACUGCAGCCUUGCGUAUAGCUUCUUUCAUUAAUGUGUCUCUGUCUGGAAACUUAAUGAAUAGGUAGAUUAAGAGGUUUAUGAUUUAGACAAAUACAUUACAGGAAUAUAAUUAAAUUCAGUCUAAACAGUCUGUGUUUGGAUUUCAUCCACCUAAAUGCAUUUUACUUUUAUCUGGUUAGUUUAACUUAAACAUACCACCAAGUUUAGUUUUUUGAUUUAUAAACGAGCAAAAAUGACACAAAUUUAAAAUAUGUCAUUUUCUGACAUGAUGCCACAUUUGAAUGAUGACUUUAAAAAAGAAAAUAAUGACUGGGAAGAAGGCAUUACUCCAAAAGUUGAAUACAAUGUACAGAUUGCUUUGAAAAUAGGUCAGUUUUUAAAAUUAAGAUUAUGUGGAAAACUAAGACAAACAGCCUUCUAACAUUGACGUAAACACUUUUCUGUGAUUGCAGUUCCUUCCCAAAUAAUCAGAAAUUGAGUCAUUGUUUGGCAAAAAUAAAACAAAAUCCCUGGAUCCAUCUUCAGAUAUAAAAUAAAUAAAUAAAUAAAAAAGCCAAAAACUGCCUCCAAACCUCUCAUUUCUCUUGAACACCAACACCGCCCCCUUGUGUUGACAUCCGGCACAUUCCUGUAGGAAAUGAUGGGAGGGUCUGCGGCUGGAGCUCCACCUUUGUCCCGCUCCCAGACCAACACUCACAGGUAAGUUCUUUAUGAGCUGUAAUCCAAAGCCAGCUGAGCAAGUUGAAGCUGUGUGCAUGUUGACAGGAAGCGACAUGCAGAUUCCCCUCUGCACAGCACAGACGAUGGACUACAGUGUCAAACAUCCAGAUGAUGCCCUCCAGUAAAUCCAGACUGGGUGUAAGGAGCCUGAGGAAGGAUGGGAACUUUUCUGGCUGAUUUGUUUCUACUCUUGCUGAUUUCUACUGGACACAUUUAUGCAGUUUCAUUCUUUGGAGAUGGCUACAUUCACCUCCGCACGGUUGAGAAAUCCAUUCAGACGGUGAUCCACGUGCGCUUUCGAACAUCCAGUCAGAUGGGACUGCUGUUUUUGGCAGCAGGACACAAAGACUUCUUGCUUUUGGAGCUGAUCUCUGGCCGCCUGCAGGUACGACUGGACUUGGGUUCAGGUGAACGCUCACUCCGCUCAGCAAGAGGUCUUCACCUUAGCAAUCUGGAAUGGCACACGGUCCAGCUUAACCACACACAACAUAACAUCGUCCUGACCGUGGACCAACAUUCUCCCUCAAAUCUUCGCAUGCCAGGACCAGAUCUGGAACUUAAUGUUGAAGGUUUCCUGGUUGGGGGGACAGCUGGGUUCAACCAUUCAUUCCUUGGUAACUCAAACGGGUUUAGGGGUUGCAUGGACAAAGUUCUCUUCAAUGACCAUGAUCUGCUCUUUAAUCUUCAGCCUUAUUCUGAGUACAAGAGUAUCCAUGAAGUAUCAAUAGGCUGUAGUCCACAGUUUUCUGCUACAGAAGAAGAUCCUAUUGGGUUUUCCAGCUCAAAGGCAUUCAUCUCUCUCCCGCCAUGGGAAGUACUUCAAGAGGGGGUGUUUGAAUGUGACCUGCACCCUUCUGCAAAAGCAGAAAGUGGCGUGGUUCUGUAUAGCUCUGGCUAUGAAGGAGGAUUUGUAGCUAUUGAAAUCAGGCAAGGUCAUCUGGUGACUUCAGUAGGAAAUGGAAAGGGAAGCAAAACUGAGCUGCACUCUCUUACAAAUGUCCACAGCAAUCACACUUGGUAUCCCAUCCAGCUUCACCUGCUGCCCCACAGCAUUCAGCUGAAGAUAGACAAGGAGUUGGUUAAGGCCAGCCUGAGCCAGGAGCUCAAAGUCAUUCCACUCAAAGGACCUCUCUUCCUAGGAGGCUUAAAUGAAAAAGCUGUGGUAGAGGCAAAGGGUUCAGGGAUGUCUUCUGUUGCAUCUGGAGGAUCCUCUUUCACCGGCUGCCUCCAAAACAUUAAGGUAAACACCAAAAAAACCGGUCUACCCCAAGCCACGAUCUCUAAAGAUGUCACUGUGGGCUGCAAACAAAAUCAAGCUCCAAGACUCGUGACACCCAAACCAACAAGUCCUCCAGAGUUGGACCUCACAACGCAGACAGUUUCAAACAAAAGGCGGCCAAACUUCUUGUGGCUUAGAAAACUGGAGCUUGCUGAAAGUGGCAGGGCCCCCCUGGAACCUAAACAUAUGAAGGUAAACCUGGACUUUCGAAAACUGGGGAUCCAUCCUUCUCAGUUAAAGUUCCGCAUUGAGGAGCUGCCUGUGCAUGGCCAUCUCCAGAUGGAUGUAGGUCAGGACGGGAUGCUAAAUAAAGGGAAGCACAAGAAUAUAACAGUAGGAGGAGAGGAGAAAGAUCAGACAUUCAGCAUGCUGGAUCUAUGGCAGGGACGGGUCACGUACAUUCACCACGGUUCAGAGGAGCGCAAUGACUCCUUCACGUUUUCAGUCUUUGCCAGUAAUGACAAAGAGGUUCCUGGUUUUCUAAAAGGAAACGAACUCUACCUGUUUGACAUCAGUAUCAGUCCAGUUAACGAUCCUCCUGUUCUGAACCUACCUGAGGGAAACAUUUUUACCAUCAUAGACAAAUCCAAACGACAGCUGACUACAGAUUUGCUAAGAGUGAUAGACCCUGACAGCAGUCCCGAGGAGCUGCUGUUUAGCUCCAUGGGUAACCUUAACCCUGAGGCUGGCUACCUUGAGCACGAGGGCAACCCUGGCAGGCCCAUCAACUUGUUCUCUCUCAGUGAUCUAGAGGAGGGUAAGAUCAGUUUUGUUCACACAGGAGCUCUUGCCUCCAGGCUGGCUUUGAGGGUCAGUGAUGGUCAGAGGGUGAGCAACACUGUAGUUUUGAGGGUUAUGGCUGUGGAACUUGAACACAAACUGGUGAAUAACACGGGAAUCGAGCUGAACCAAGGGGAGGCUUGUAUCAUUACCAACCAUCACCUUGCAGUACAAGUGAACGUGGCGGACAACACAGUGGACAUCUGGUAUGAUGUCACUGAGCUGCCAGAAUACGGUGAGAUCCAGAGGUUACACUCCACUGGAGACUGGAAGUCCACAACGUCUUUUUCCCAAAGACUCCUCGACAAGGAGCGAAUCCGAUACCUCAGUACUUACAAUGGCCUUCAGGCUCAAAACAACAUCACAGACCACUUUAAGUGUAAAAUUGUUAUCAAUUCACAGGCCAAAGGGGAUGUUGUUUUCCCCAUUGUGAUCAACUGGAUUCACUUAAAGGUGACACGAAGCAAGAUGGAAGUCAAUGGGGUUCAGACGGCUGUGUUGACUCCUGAGGACCUUCAUGUGGUUUCUAAAGGCACUAAAUUCAGUGAGAGUGAACUCUUCUUCAGGCUCCUGACUGUACCAAAGAAAGGACAACUCUUCCUCAAUGGGAAACCUUUGCAAAGGAGCUCAACCUUCAGCCAGAAGAAUAUCACAGAUGGCUUGGUUAAGUACGCACUUUUCAACAGGUUGCAUGAUGAUUCAAGAGACACAUUUGGCUUUCAAGUCUUUUCUGCGCAUGCCGCCUCAAUGAUGCACGACUUCAGGAUCAACAUUAAAGCCGAGUCGUCUGCCAUCACCGUUGUAAGUAAAGGCCUCUCGACCCUGGAAGGAGCAAGUAAAGUAAUACCCAAAGAUCUUCUAUUUACUCACGCUGCAAACAAUCGAGAAGUCCACUAUACAAUUACGACGACUCCCCGGCACGGCCAAAUAAGGAAGAUCAACCUUUCAAACUCAACUUCAAUCAAUGACAACAUCGUCACCUUUACCAAUCAGGAUAUCAUUCAGGAAAGAAUCAUGUACGUCCACGACGACAGUGAGACAAAGCAGGAUUCCUUCACGUUCCAAGUUGUGGUUUACAAACCACACAAGCAUACAAACAAGGAGGACAGACACACAACAGAGCACACCUUUAACAUCUCCAUACAACUUGUUAAUGAUCAGAAACCCGUCAGGGUCAUUGAUAAAGUUUUCCAUGUGGCUCGCGAUGGCCAACGAUUGGUGACACUGGAAGAUCUUCGAUAUCACGACGCCGACACGGAUUUCGAUGACAGCUGGUUGGUGUACACAAGGCGAGGGAUUCCCAUGGGAGAGCUGGUGCUGGCUAGUGAUCCCAACCACAAGCUCUAUGAGUUCACACAGCGUGAUCUUGAGCAGAAAAAGGUGUUGUUCAUCCACAGCGGAGUGAGUUUUGGGCGUUUUGUACUUUUUGUUACGGAUGGAAAGCAUUAUGUGUCAGCGCUAGUGGAGGUGAUGGCUCAAGACCCCUACCUGCAGGUGGAGAACAACACAGGCCUCAUGCUCCAGCGAGGAGGGAUCACAGCUCUGACCUCAGCCAACCUCAGCGUCAGCAGCAACCUUGACAUUCGAGACCCCCAGGAGGUGACCUUUGAGGUGUUUGUGCCCCCCAAACGUGGCGUCCUCUGCUUCAACGACGGACAGAAGGAAACCAUCAUCGGAACGGACGCCAUCUCUGUUUUCACCCAGCGUGACCUGAUGGCUGGACGGCUGGCGUAUCACCACGGUGGAAGCCUGGAACUGUCGGAUGGUUUUGAGGUGACGGCAAGAGCCAGGGAGAGGGUGACAGAAAAGAGGCCAGAGAGAGGGAUGAGGGAGGUUCACCUGGAUAUUGGAGUGGCAAUAAAAAUUUACCUGGAGAGUCAUCACCGACCGCCAACCGUCAAAAGGAACCACCCGGUGGUGGUGGCAGAGAAGCAGAAUGUUUCUAUAAACAAAGAACAUCUUGAGGUGGUUCAUGAAGACAGUCGGCCUGCAGAGAUAGUCUUUACCAUUCAAAGCCCCCCAAAGCUCGGCGUCCUCCGCAGACUAGCUCCCAAGGAAAAACUCAAGAUUGCAAAUGAAGAUCGGCAUCACCUCCAUAAGGUUGUCCGAGAGCAGCCAACAUCAUCCUUUACCCAGGAGGAUCUUAACCAGGGCUUGAUCAUCUACCACCAGCAGGUGGCAGGAGGCACCAACGACUCUGUCCUGUUGGAGGCAACCAAUGGGGUCACAAAGGUCGGUCCUAUCAGUCUGGAGAUUGACAUCAUUCCACUCCUUCUUCCCCUACAGGUGUCUGCCCUGACUCUGGAUGAAGGGUCUUCUCUGCCUCUUACGCCCAGCGUCAUCAAGGUUGCUAAUCAUCACUUUGCAGGAAUGAACUUCCUGUACCAGGUCAUCGUUCCCCCGAGGUUUGGACACUUGGAGCACAGCCGGAUCCCGGGAAUGCCCAUCACUGCUUUUACCCAGACAGAGGUGGAACAGGAGUACAUCGCGUACGUUCAUGAUGGCAGCGAAACACUGACAGAUAACUUCACCGUUGUGGCAAACCAGACAGAAACAAGAAAGCACAGCCUGCCGUGCACCGUGCACAUCAACGUCACUCCAGUCAAUGACGAAACUCCCGUUGUCGCCACAAACCGUGGGCUUAAGGUGUGGAUGGGUUCAGUCACAGAUAUAACAGUGGAUGACCUGAGUGCAGAAGACUCUGACACUCCGCCUGAUGGCCUGGAGUUUGUGGUCACACCACCCAGCAAUGGCUAUUUGGCUUUGAAGAGUGCUCCAUCCAGACACAUUUUAAACUUCACCCAAAGUCACAUCCAGAGCAGACAGCUGCUGUUCGUGCACAGCGGAGCGUUAUUGGGCGGUUUUCACUUCCAGGUGAAUGACGGCUUGAACUUUGCCCAUCGUCAGAUCUUCAGCACCACUGCUUACUCGCUGGUCCUGACCCUGCAGAGUAACCAGCGGAUGACAGUCUACCCAGGUUCUGUGACACCAAUUUCCAAGCAGGAGCUUCAGGUCGUGACCAACAAUGUCAGCGACAUCCGAAGAAACCAGUCCAUCGUUUUUGCAGUAACCGCUCCUCCCAAACUCGGUCGCCUGGUGCAACGAAUGCCUGAUAACUCCACCAGAGCCAUUCACACGUUCACUCAAAGCAUGGUCAAUGACGGGGUCAUCUUGUAUGAUCAGAACAGGCCAGAGUCAGUGGGCUGGUCGGCUACAGACUCUUUUUCUUUCACCGUCUCUUCUCCGCCUGCUUUCCUCCCGACGCACUCUUUCACCAUUCUAAUCUCCUACCAAGCCAAUGAACAUCAUGACCAUCUUCACAACAAAACCAGACUACUCAGCAACGCAGGUGCUGUGGUGGCUGAAGGGGGGAGGGUGACCAUUGACAGGUCCAAGCUGGACGCCUCAAAUCUCCUAGGAAAAGUUCCGGUAACCCAUCAGAAAGACCACCAUGUCAUGUAUCGAGUCAUUUCACUGCCUCGCCAUGGAGUUCUGUCCAUACGUGGACACAACCUCUCCAGGACUCAACCGGACUUCUCACAGGUUACCCUGAACAAGUUUGGCAUCACAUAUGUCCACGACGACUCGGAGACAACCAGCGACAGUUUCACUUUCCGUGCCUGGGUGGCCCCCCUCGAUUACUCCUCACUUUCCUCCUCCUCUAUGUCUGCGUUCUCCUCUGAUUCCUCCUCCACCAGCUCCUUCUCCUCCCUGUAUUCCUCCUCGUCCCGGGACCCUGUUUCCCGUCAGCCCGGGCUCAAAGAGGGCAUGGCAGUGACGGAGAUGUUCAACAUCACGGUGACGCCCGUCAACGACCACCCCCCGCUCAUCCGGAGCAGAGCCCCCAGCAUGAAAGUCGUUGUGGGGGAGAAAGUUGUUCUCGGACCCGACAACCUUCAGGUGGAGGACCAUGAUACACCACCGGAAGAGCUGCACUACUUUGUGAUCAGCAAGCCCAACAACGGUUACCUGACACUGGGAGAAAGACCAGAGCCAGUGAGCUCCUUCACGCAGUACGAUGUCAAUCGUGGGCGGCUUCAUUUUAUCCAGCAGGGAGAGCCAUCUACAGGUGUUUUCUAUUUCAACGUAACAGAUGGCCACCACCGCCCUCUCUACAAACUGUUUAGCUUGGAGGUGGUUAAACCCUCGGUUUCCAUAGUUAACAACACAGGUUUGUCAUUGGUUCAAGGCCGCACGGCUGUGAUUCUGACAACCAAUCAGCUGGCAGCUCAAACUAACAGCCAGAAACAGGCUAACAUCUCCUACACGGUAACCAAACACCCUCGGCACGGGCGCAUCGCCAUUGACGACCAGGAGGUGACCACCUUUCGUCACGAAGACCUGCAGUUUGGACGAGUGGUCUAUCACAUGACAGAUCUGAGCGAAUCAGAGGACAGCUUCCAGAUCUUAGUGUCAGCGUUCUCUCCUGGUGUUGAUUAUGAAAAUGUACCAAAUCAGACGGUGAAUGUGACUGUGCGGCCUCUGAUCUACCUGAGGGAGCCGGUCAAAGUUCCCAGUGGCAUUGCAGUGAAACUGGGAAAAGCCAUGAUUGAUGCUUCUGAGCUGGCCAGAAUCAGUAGAGCCAACCCAGUUUUUGAGGUUCUGUCUCCACCGAAACAUGGGAAACUAGUCAAGAUCACCUAUGACCCCAACAGAGCAUCAGAGGUGCUGAAGUCCUUCACCUUCAGAGAUGUUGUUCAAGGUAGAGUUGCCAUCGAGGAGACUCUCAGUGACGAUGAAAAUCAGUUCCAUAGCAACGGCUCUAUGCUCACGAUAACUCAGCGGCGAGCACCGGCCACUCCCCUCAACGACUCCUUUGUCUUCCUGGUGAAGGCCGGAAAUGUCCAACCGGCAAAAGGCGAGCUCCACUUCACCAUCUUCCCCCACCACCAGAUGCGUCACGGCCCAGGUGGAUUCACCAAAGCGGAUGGCAGAGGUCACAAACACACAACCACCAACGGUCAAAGACACAACAAGACAGCCACAAGAGUUGGGGAGGAGCGCACAGUGCAGGAGACGAUAGAGGAGGUCUCACGUCCUCACAUUUUGACUGAUAAGGCCCAGAACAAAACCCAGCGCACGAGAAAGCCUCAGAACCGUCAGGGCAAACGCACACAUACUCAUGGGGGGAGGUCUGGAGGAGUAGCAGAGGGAGCAGGAGACGGGCACAAUACUCCUCCACUGCCUCACCCCCCUCCGGUUCCAGAGAUUCACGGUCCGGUGAAUCCUCCAGAUUCCGAGCUGAUCCACGUGGAGAUCCUUCCUCGUCCUGCCUCUGAUCCGCUCCUGAUCAUAUUACCGCUGCUCGCCUGCUUACUCCUCAUUGUGAUUCUCGUGGUUCUGAUUCUGGUGUUCCGCCAUCGCAAGGAGAAGCAGGCCCGGCAGCGGCUAAUGCAUGAACUUGCUGCGGUGGCGUUGCCAUCAGAGGACAGUCCGUACAUGGGCCGACCAGAGCGCAGCAUGGCUAUGCCCUCGGUGAUGGUCACGCCACUGGGCUCAGCAAGCUGCCCGACCUCCCCGAGGGUAUCCAUGAGUCCCAGGAGAAGUCUGGCCCCCGGAAUGACCUUCUGGGGACCAUUUGAAUCAGAGUUUUCAGGCAUAGACAGGAAUCUAAGAAGCUGUAACAGAAGAGAAAGACACACGGUAACUUGUGGUAGUGCAGUCCCUCUUUCCACUGCAGGGUUUAAGUUGUCUCCUAGAUCUCAGUCCCCAACUUUAAAAGACAACCAGUACUGGGUUUAAGGGAAGUCAUUCAUGCAUGAACUGUGCCUUAGAUGUGUACAGUAUUUGUGAAGGUUAUAAAGAAGUAGUGAGUUUCCUUCCAUUGAGCAUGUGUGGUGUGACCUUGGGCACAAUUCAAGGCGCCUUCACACCAGGGCUAAUAGGUCUGGACCACAGUCCUUAGAUAGUCCGUGCUGCUUUUUGAGCAGAUGUAAAAGAUUCUCUGAUCUCUCACCAAGUCUGAAAGCAAGAAUCUUGGUUUGGUUGCAAGUAAACCUCAGUUCAUCUAGUUUAUAGACCAUUGAUAGUGACAAACUAUGAAGUUAGCAAGUCUAGCAAGAAAAAGAGGAACUGCCUUCAGUAUUGUGCAUUUCAAUAUAAAUAAAACUAAUUUCAUGUUCAAUAGAAGAUAAUAGAAGAAGCAGAACACCACAACGAUGUGCAGAUUGCACAAUGAUACGCACAUGUCCACCCUCAACAGUGCAAUGUGAAACCGUUGACUCAUCAUUUAAACUUACUUAGUCCUGUCCUGUUCAGUGUUACAAGGUUGCCAGAGACAAGUCAGGUAUUGUUGGGUAAAGUUCUACAGUAAUUUUUCUUUUUAGGAAAGUACAAGAUGAUUCACUAUCCACCCAUCCCUCCAUUAUAGAGUUGCUGGAGCCUAUCCCAGCUACUGUUGAGCAAAUGUGGAGUUCACUUUGGAUAGUUUGCCAGUCCAUUGCAAGGCCACACAUAGAUAGACAAGCAUUGCUCACUGGUUAAUUAUAAUAUAUAGAUCAGUCCUGUACGGUGGUAUAUUGGUUACCCCUCACACUGAGAAGACCCUGGUUUAAAUCCCAGCUAGGACCUUAAGUAUGGAAUUCUCCCCAUCCAUGCUUAGUACUCCAACUUCCUCCUACAGUCCAAAAACAUGCUUCAUUGGUUAGUUGAAGUGUAGGUAGGAUAGGCUCCAGCAACCUUGGAAGUAUGAAAGGGAUUGGAAGACUAGUGACUUCUUUUUGAAUUUGUUAAUGGGCUGGGUAGAGGAAGCAAACCUUAGAUGGAGCUUUAUGGUGAAGCGUAGCUUAAUGAUUAAAGUCAGGUAUUGGAUGUUGCCCCUCACAACCUCGUUCCUGGCAGAUAUCUGUGUUUGUACAGUAAGCUUCCAGGUCCAAGCAGGCAAAGUGACACUCUCACAGAGCAUGUUAACCAGUUUCUCUGCCUAUUUUGCACUUUUACAUGUUUCGUUUUUGCUCACUUGUUUCAGUUUGAGGCGUUGAGCUCCUGUUAGUGAAAUAUACUGUAAAUAUUUUACUGUGAAUUGUAGUUGUAAAAAGCUUCCCAGCAUCCUGGGGGAUUUUAAACAACUCUGUAACCUUUACUUUUCUUCCUGUCCUUCCUUUAAUGUUUAUUUCUUCCUGAACCUGUGCAUAUGGAUUAUUUUAAUAAAGAAAGUACAUAAAAGAAAUAUUUGUUAAUUUCAUCCACAAAAGUCAACUUAAAUCUUUACAUUUAUUUUUGCUCCACUUAUUUUUUUUUCAGCUAAUAUUUGCUUUUAACAAGUACAUUUGAAAUUCUGAAAAAAGGAUUU